CUUGAAUUUCUAGAGAGAGAGAGACCAAAAUUGAAUUGGGUAAUGGUGAAAUCUGAGAAUUGAAAUAGGGCAAAAACAACACAACAACACAGGAAUCAUGGAACAAGAUGAAGGGAACAAUACUAAUGGAGGAGGGAUGUUUGUCAAAGUAAUGACCGAUGAACAGAUGGAAGUUCUUCGCAAACAAAUCGCGAUUUACGCUACUAUUUGCGAACAGCUUGUUGAUUUGCACAAAUCGCUUACUUCCCAUCACGAUCUCUCAGGAGUUAGACUUGGGAACUUAUACAACGAUCCACUAGUGACAUCCGGUGGCCACAAAUUCUCCGGCAGACAGCGGUGGACACCAACACCGGUGCAACUUCAGAUCCUGGAACGUCUAUUUGAGCAAGGAAACGGAACCCCAAGCAAACAGAAAAUCAAAGAAAUCACAUCCGAAUUAUCGCAACAUGGACAGAUCUCUGAAACAAAUGUCUAUAAUUGGUUUCAAAACAGACGAGCUCGAUCAAAGAGGAAGCAACAGGUCUCGUCUGCACCUAACAAUAACAAUGGCGAAUCUGAAGUGGAAACGGAAGUCGAGUCCCCUAAACCACAGCAGCAGCAGCAGCAGCAUUCGGCGUCGACGGCGGAUGAUAACAUGAACAUGUGCUUUCAGAAUAAUCCAAAUGUGAGUAGCUCUGUGGAUCAACGAUCGAAGAAAGUGGAGCCUGUUUUUCCUUCUGAUGCCACCUCAAAAGCUGCUGCGAAUCAUGUGGGACAGAUGUCGUAUUAUGGAACCAUGUUAGCUAAUCCAAGAAUGGACCGAAUAAUUGGAAAGAUGGAAGUUCCAGUUCCAGGGAACUACCAAUCAUAUAUGCAAGCCCAUACCCAAGGUGAUGAGUACAACAUGAAUUGAAACGUAGUAGUAGUAGUAAUAGAUUUCAUAUCCAUUAAUUCAAAAGUAUAGAUGCUGCAAUUGCUGUUUUUUUUUUUUUUUUUUCACAAAU